AGAAGGGGGGGGCUCCCAAGGUCCCGGAGGGUGGGGACCUCUCCCAAAAACCCGUUGCUGAUUCCGGUGCUGGUGCCGGAGGCUCCCAAGACGGGGAGCUAAAGAGGAAAAAUGCCGGGAAGGGUGUCUUGCCCCCGGAGAAGAAGAAGAGGGGUGAGGGGGGCAAGGAUGCCCCCUUAGUGAUUAUCGAUGAACCCCCUUCGGGUAAGCCCUCGGAUUCCCUCCCCCAAGUGGAUCUUGACGAGGGGGCUUGGCCCCUGGAAAAGGUGCAGUUCCCCAUCAAGAAGGGGACAGCUAUUAUGCAUGGCACCCUUGAUCCGAGGGAGUUCCUGAGGGGCGCCACUCCCUCGCUGGAUCGAUCAACCCUCGGCAAGUUCGAGGACGAGUCUCUCGAGCUCAAGGCCCUUCAAGCCUCGGUCACGUCGAGCAUUGCCCUCGGGGAGCUAGUCAGGAGGGCGGAACAGCGCCGUGUUGAAAGGGCGAGGUCUGAGGAGGCCAUGCGGAAGCUGAUUGCUAAUAACACCGAGGCCAUCAGGCAACUGGCCGGUCUGGAGGAGGCCCUAAGGCAAUCUGAGCAGAGGCUAGAGGCUGCCAAAAAUGAGGCUAGGGCCGAGGGCAUCGCUAAUGGGAAGGCUGAAGCAGAGAAAACUGCCGCCGAAGCCGCCAAAGCCGCCGCCGAGGAAGCUGACAAGGCC